AAAUAUGAAAAUCAACUUCAUUAUAUGACUAAUUCAGUCUAUGUACUUAAUUUGGAGAUGAAAUUGAGUAUAACAAACACACAAACCUAACCCUAAAUGAACACAAAUAAUAAAAUUUUCAAGUAAUUGAAAUUAAAACUUAGAUUUUACUUUGUUGUUAAAGAUUGAUGAUGUCAAACAAAGUAAUUUUGUGUUGCUGGCUUGUUGCUCCCCUACCCUGCUCACGAUUGAAAAGAGAAGGAUUUUUGGAGGUGAAGGACGGAGAACGAAAGUCUGGAGCCUAGAAAUAGUUUGGAUUUGUUGUGUAGGAGCCGGAAAUAUGGGUGGUGGGUGGAGGUUCGGCGAGCUUGGAGCCGGAGAUGGAGAGCUUGGGGGCUGGAGGAUGGAUAGCUUGGAGGUUGGGCGAGCUCGGCUUGCAACUCGCAGCGCCUCUGCUACCGCUGGGUGGAGGAAGAACGAAAUUGUAACUGGGGAUUGCUGGGAUAGACGAUUAGAGUUUUGCGUUUUGAUAUUAGGACAGAUAAUUAACAUUGAUAUAAUUAAACAUGUAUGUAUUACAAAUGAAAAACUCUUAGUCGAGAUGGUAAAGAUUUCUCAUUGUCAACCACUAGAUUAGUUGUUCGAUCCUUGCUUCCUACUACAUAUAUUGGAUUUUUUCCCGUCCCAAAGCCAAGGGGGGUGCAUGCACCCCCCUCAAGUGUGCACAGCUCCGCCACUGCUCGUGAGUGGCUUUCGUUUGAGAGAGCAUGUUAGUGUUGUGGUAUAUGAUCCAGGAUUAAAUCUCUCCCAAUAAUUUGAAGUGAUUGGAAGUUACAGGGAAAAUGCAGCAGGGAGGGGAAGAACAGAGAUGGCCCGUUCUCCGGAGAAGCUUUCUAGGUUCUGAAUUCACAUGCAGUCAAAUAUCAUCGGACGCAUCAUCUCGUCAAUUUAUCUUUCUCGACAAUUUAUCGCGGAUUAAAGGGAAUAUGCCGCUAUCAUGUUAUCAUCUUCUUUGUUCUUCCAAGUUCUCUGUACUCUUUUGAGUUUUGACUACCAACUAGGACGAUAAAAUGGACAAUUCACUACCCUCUGGUUCUGCCGCUGCGCUGCGUUUUGUUGCCUGGGGCCUCCCAAACCCUAAAAACCCUACCCAGGCCAGCGACCCGCCCCCUCUGCUCUUUUCGUUUUUUACGAGACCCGCCGCGCCUGACCUCUCUCCAGCUCUCCUCUUCUCGUCUUCCUCUCCUUCUGCUGGCGGCGACGGCGACGACGAGCGCGCUUCCCCAGCCAUCACCGACUCUCGUCUCGGCCUUCCCUCGCCGACGCCCGACGCGACGCAGUCGCCAGCAUUCCCAGUUCCCAUUCCUCUCCUCCGCGGCUCCGCCACAUUCCGGCUUCCCCGCCGCCGCCAGGCCGCCCCGCCAUCUCCUCGCCGUCCUGCCGUCCUCGCCUCUUGCCGUCUGCCGUCCUUGGAGCAUUGAGGUAAGAAUUGGUUUCCCGUUUCCCUGCUGUGGCCUGUGUGUUGAAUUAUGAUUUUACCCACCCGAGCUGUGUGUUUGAGGAAUAGGAAUUUAUGAAUGUUGAUAUGUUGAUUAUGUGAAUUAUGAUUUACGAGUGCUGUGUGUUUGCCUGUUUGAUAAUCAGAGCAAGAAAGGAAGGGCAUUUUU